AUCAACCAAAUUGGGAGAUUGUAAUUGGAGUAGUACACUUCAACAACUCCCACUUGAUCCAAUAAAAGGAGAAGUCAACCAUAUGUAAAAUUUUCUGAUUAGUUAAAAUCGGGAGAUGGGUUUGUUAGAAUCUGUGAAAUCGAUCGACUGGGAGCUGGAAUCACCUCCGGUUUACCGAGACUUUCGUGUUCUUCCUCUCUUCGCUGUGUUCUUCCCUUCGGUUCGGUUCCUCCUCGAUAGAUUCGUCUUCGAGAAAUUGGCAAAGCAUUUGAUAUACGGGAAACAGAGACAGAAUCUUGGAGAUGAUGCAACCGAGAGAAAUAAAAAAAUCAGAAAAUUCAAAGAAUCAGCAUGGAAGUGUGUUUACUAUCUAUCAGCUGAGAUUCUCGCUCUCUCUGUGACUUACAAUGAGCCUUGGUUUAUGAACACUAAAUACUUUUGGGUUGGCCCUGGAGACCAGUCCUGGCCUGAUCAACAAACCAAGUUAAAGUUGAAGCUUCUGUAUAUGUUCGUGGCUGGAUUCUACACAUACUCAAUCUUUGCUCUGAUCUUCUGGGAAACAAGGCGUUCUGAUUUUGGAGUUUCAAUGGGUCAUCAUAUCGCAACUCUUAUUCUUAUUGUCCUCUCAUACGUAUGUAGCUUCUCUCGUGUUGGUUCGGUUGUUCUGGCACUUCACGAUGCAAGUGAUGUGUUUCUUGAAGUCGGGAAAAUGUCUAAGUAUAGUGGAGCUGAAGGGAUUGCAAGCUUUUCAUUCAUUCUUUUUGUUAUGUCUUGGAUCAUUCUUCGCCUCAUUUACUAUCCCUUUUGGAUCUUAUGGAGCACAAGCUACGAAGUAGUUUUGGAGCUGGAUAAGGACAAACACCCUGUGGAAGGACCAAUAUACUACUACAUGUUCAACACUCUUCUCUAUUGCCUACUUGUUCUUCAUAUAUAUUGGUGGGUUUUGAUGUAUCGGAUGCUUGUGAAACAAAUACAAGAUAGAGGCAAGCUUAGUGAAGAUGUUAGAUCCGAUUCUGAAGGUGAAGAUGAGCAUGAGGAUUGAUUCAUAACAAAGGUAUAGGAGGAGCUUAUGAAAUGUAUAAGAGUGGUUCUGAUCACUGAUGGAUGUUAAGAGUGGAGACUGAGUCUUCAAUCUCCAACACUGGACCAGCUCAUGCACAGAAUAGAUUUAACCAUUUCUCAUUUUGGAGAUUUAUUGAAUUGUACAUUGAACAGCUUCAGUAUCUCCUUUGAUUGUAUUGUAAUAAUGUAUUGUAUUGUAUUGUAAUUCAUUGUAUCACUUCACUAUCAGUAACAUCAUUGAUAAAUCUGUAAAGUAUAUUCAUGUUCUUAGUUCUUA